ACCAACUUUCGCUAAGUAGUUGUGAGUCUCGUUUUACGCGUUGACAAUACUAUGGUGUAUUAGCGACAGUGCUGCAAACAAAUCCAUUUGGAGAAUCUUUUGCGGACAUGAUACUCUAGACAAGGCCCAUAGGUUUUCCACAAAGUUAACUUUGGAAUAASAAACCUCUCAGCAAACUAUCACUGCUCGCUCUGGUCGGUGUCUGACCUUAUAUCCGUAUGGGUACUAUAAUAAAAUGGAAGGCGUUUUGGCGAGUGGUUUUGGUAGUUUUUCUAUUGAAUUUUCAAGAAGUUUCUUCACAGUCAGAAAGUUCAGAAUCUUCAGGUGGUGUGUCACCCACGCAACAAGAUCAGUCAUCGACGAUAAAUUCAAUCGAACUAGCUCAAUCCUCAAUCGUGACAUCAUCAAUGUCGACUGAAUCAUCAAUUAGAAUUUCGUCACARCAAGCUCAAACGUCAAGGAUGACAUCAUCAAGUCAUAGUCAACAAUCAAUAAUGACAUCAUCACAAGUAUCUCGAUCUUCAACAGAAACAUUCUCCAAGUCAGGUUUGUCUUCAGUUAUGACGACAUUGCAACAAUCUCAAUUGGAAACAUUGACAAAUUCCAAAUCGAUAGAACCUUCAACGGCAACUCCUUCAUCGUCGAUUGUCCCYUCUUUGACAUCAUUGAAGCCAAGUCAUUCAAUGACGGUAUCAUUACARGUAACUCAAUCUUCAAAGUCGUCUUUGAUGACAUCGUCGCAAGCAAUCCAUCAGUCAAUUAUGGCAUCUUCAUCAUCAKCCAAAGAGCUACCGAUGACAUUGUCAUCAUACCUUGCUCAAUCAUCUAUGAUAACAUCACCAAAUCCCACCAAAUCUUUUAAAAUAACAUCAUCAGAAGUAGAAGUAUYAUCCGUGGCGACAUUGACACAGUUUUCUCAAUCAUCAAUGGGAGAAAUGUCUAAGAUACCGUCAACAAGUUUAUCAUCGUCUUUGACAAUUGCAGUCUCUGACGUAGUAACAAGCAUUGUGUCCUCAGAAAUAGCGUUGCCAACUACAAUGUCAAAACAAAUAUCGGUAGAUUCAUUAACAUCGACAUCGUCACUGCCGAUGUCAAUGACUGAGAAAACAACCGUUACGUUAGAAACAUCAGUGGCAAUACUUUCACCGACAUUGUCGUCGAUUCAAGCAUCAUUAUUCACACCACCGACGUCAACGCAACAAAUGUCAGCACCACUAACGCCAUCGACAUCAAUCUUGUUAUCUUCUUCUUUCUUAUCAUCAGGAAAAUUAAAAUCAUUAACGUCGACAUCAUCAUUAAUGAUAUCGACUCCAGUGCAAUCUUCAACGCUACAAAUUCAAGAAUUAACAUCAUCAUUACCACCAUCACCAUCAUCAUCUUCGUCCUAUUUAUUUUCUUCACCAACAACAGUUUCUGGUUCAACAAYGAUAUCGUUGAUGCGGUCAUCUUCGAUGGCAGUGUCUCCAGAAUCGCGUUCUUUGAAGACGAAAUCACUAUUUGCAUCAUCAACAAUAUUACCAACACCAMCGAAUCAGUUAUCAUCUUCCCCAUCGCCUUCAUCAAUGACACUUCAAUCGCAAUUAAGUUCGGUAUCUUUACCUACUUUAGCAUCCAUGUCAUCAAUGGCACCCUCUUCGAUGUCAUCAUUAGCUCUGAAGCUUUCAAAAACAUCCUCAUCACAAUUACCAAUGMCAUCGUCGUCAGGAAUGCCAAGUUCAUUGCAGACGCAAAUGCCAWCUUCAGUAUCAAACUCAUCAACAACAACAUUUUCAACGCUGCAACUAUCCUCMUCRUCAUCGCCGUCACUAUCUUCAAAAGCUUUGUCAACAUCAGCUUCACCAUCUCCACCACAAUCAUCUGCAAUAUUAUCAGCAACACAGGCCGAAUCAUCAAAACAAUCAUCCCAAUCCUAUCAAUCAACAUUGAUUCAAACAGAAUCAGCUCAACCGCAGUCAACAAAAACAAUAUCAACACAUCGGCAGUCAUCAUCGUCGCCGAUACAAUCAACCACAUUACUGACAAMAUCUUCGUCAACAGCAUCCUCAAGAGUACUGAUAUCAUCAAAAGCAUCRGUUUUAUCARCUCCAGCACAACCGUCUCAUCUACCAUCAACAUUGCAGGCAGAAUCUUCAACUUUAUCAUCCUUAGCAACGACCUUGUUGUCAUCAUCGUUGUCAGCAACAUCCUCACAAGCAAUAACGUCAUCGACAUCACCAAAGGCAACACAAUUAUCAUCACUACUAUCACCAACACAGUCAGGAUCAUCAGUAGAGUCAUCCUCAUCACCUCAAACAGAAUCAUUUCAGGCUAAAUCAUCACAAACAUUAUUAAUUCAGACACAAUCUUCGCCUACGCUAACGCAAUCACCAACAUUCUCGUCAACAACUUAUCCACAAUUCUCAACAAUUUCAUCCAUGAUACCACAGCAAUCCUCAACAUUGUCCACACAACCGCAAUCUUCAUCAAGCCUGACGCAAUCAUCAUCAACCUCUUUGUCACAAUCGUCAGAAUCUUCAACGGAUUCACAAUCGACCCCAUUCAAGACACAAUCAGCAUCAACAGUGUCAACAGAACCUCAGUCUUCAUCAAGCCCCACACAAUCAUUAUCAACAUCUUUGACGCAACCGCAAAUAUCAUCAACAUCAUCAACGCUGCCUGAACCAACGCCAACAUAUUCAACGCAUCCACAUUCGUCGAUAAUCCAGAUACAAUCAACUUCAACAGUGUCGACAGAUGCCCAGUCUUCAUCAAGCCCCACACAAUCAUUAUCAACGCAACCGCAAAUAUCAACAUCAUCAUCGCUGCCUGAACAAACGCCAACAUAUUCAACGCAUCCACAUUCGACGAUAAUCCAGAUACAAUCAACAUCAACAGUGUCAACAGAGGCGAUUAUAACAACGCAACAUCUACAAGUAACAACGUCGACUCAAUCUACUCGGCUGACAAUAGUACCAUCGAUGUCUACUACCCAACAACUAUCGUCUUCAACUACUAUAGUACCUACAACUCCCGUAGUAACAUCAGUAGAUACCUUUGAAGGGACAAUUGUAACCGAUCAACAGUGGAAUCCAAACUAUGCCUUUUCAUAUACCACCGAAUACCAAAACCUAAAGCGUAAAACUGAGGACCAGUUAAAUGGGGUGUUUUCGAACAUGGAAGGUUUCCUGUCAGUUGAAGUGAACCGAUUUUUUCAAGGCAGUACGGGAGUUAACUUCAAAGUUAUAUCCAGAUCUGGUUCGAAUGUUACAACCGAUGCAAUAGAAAAGUCUAUAAUGAAGGCCAACUCUUCAGGAACGCUGGGUUUUCACGUAUUGAAGAUUCGAGUUCAAGAGCAGACAGUAAAACCGACAACUGAGAUGGAAGAUGAUGGGCUGAAAGACUGGGAGAUUGUUUUGAUAGUUGGUUGUGUCCUGGUGUUUAUACUUAUUAUUGUUAUUAUUGUAUUAGCGGUAUAUAUGUGCAAACUGAAGAACAAAACUAAGAAAUAUGAAUUAUGGGACAGCGAAAAUCUGAUGUACAUCAAAGGACGCCCUCAUACGGUCAAUGGCAGUGGAAAUGUCGUUGAGCUCACAGAACUGACUUCACAUCCUGGAGAACAACACGAGGGGCGGUCACGGGCGAAGGGCUCCUACAGCUUAUCCGAGGGCAGUGAAGGUCAAGUCAAUCCUGCAUUUGUGAAAACGGAAGGUCUGAUAUGACAAACCCUUCAGUAAAACUAGAUUAAAAUAUUUUAAAUGACUCCACCACUAGCUAAGAUAGCAACCCAUAAUUUAAGGAAGACGAAAGCGAGAAAACUCAGGAGACAUAGGCGAGUUGUUAAGAGGCAUAGCAGAAGAACAAAGAUUGAAGAAGAGUUAUAAGAAGAGGGAUAACGACUUUGAAAGAAAARAAGAAGAACAGAAAACGAAAAAAUGUGGCCGGAAGGAUUAAUCCA